CUUAAUUAGCUUCCAAAAAAUGAUCCCUGAUCUUUCUUCUUCUUUAGAUUCAGUUCAUCAAUACCUUCUUGAAGAUCAUGAUCCUUCCUCUAUGACUCUCAUGAAUACCUUCUUCAUGUUCAACAACCCUACUUUAAAUUUAAACCCUAACUGUGACCCAGAUGCUUCACCAGAGCAGGUUGCUAGUAAUAACUCCAGUGGUACGGUGUUUUCCGGCGGCGAAUAUGACACCGCUAUGAAACAAGGUGAUAGGGUUAGUGUUAACAAUGCAGGAUCUGAGGCGCGUGAAUGUAACGCGCCACCAAGAUGGAGGAAUUACAGAGGUGUGAGGAGGCGGACAUGGGGGAAGUUCGCAGCGGAGAUCCGGGAUCCAAAGAGGAACGGCGCCAGAACUUGGUUGGGAACUUAUGAUAGGGAAGAGGAUGCAGCUUUGGCGUAUGAUAGAGCUGCUUUCAAGAUGAGAGGUAGAAAAGCAAAGCUCAAUUUUCCUCACCUCAUUGGAUCACAACCGCCACCGGAGCUGGCAAGAGUAGUCGUCGGAAAGAAGUGGCACUGCUCACUGGAACCUUUAUCACCGUCAAACAGUACAUCUGUGGAUGACGGAUCUCAAGGGUCAUGCAAGAGGAAGAACCUGUCUGGGCUAUUGAAUAAGAUAGCAACAAAUGGAAACCUAAGUCAGAAGCUUGAAAUGAUGUUCAUGAAGGCAUAGGUCGCUUUUUUUCCCCCCACUUCUCCUUCUUCAUUUAGUCGAGAAAAAAAAUAUAGAAUUUAAAUAUUAAAAUCAUGGGUUGAAUAAAUAUAUGUUGUAAAUCAAGAAAUUCUCAAGUAAUUUUUUUUUAUAGUUUUAUGUAGCUCUCGUGAACUUUCUUUUCUUAUUAUCUUCUACCUUUUUUAUUCG